UGUCGGUGCUAAGGCAGAGCUAACGGUCACUCCGGUAGAACGACUGUCUGCGAAAUACGGACUCUGGGCAAGCUGAGGCAGGCCAGGCGUCAAAGAAUAAUAGUAAGACCCUGCUAUAAGCAAAGCGACGAUGAUAAACAACAGCCGCCCUGUUGGAUGAGUCCGGUUAUGACGAGAAAAGCAAGUAGACAUGCUUUGCAUGGACGAAGCCCACUGCGGGCGAUCCGUGACAGGGUUUCAAUUUGACAUUGAUUUUGACAUUCACAGCAAAGAGAUUCCCAAUGCGCCAGUCUGGCACUCGUUCUUGGCUACUGACGAUUAUGUUCCUCGGGACUCGGUUCAUUCCUCAAGGCGCCGAAUAUAUCAACCUGUGGCUGCUGUCAUCUCCGAUGUCUCGCUUCCCAUCAUGUUUCGUUUACGCAGUAAAGAAGCGACGCUCAGACCUUUUUGCGUGCGUGCAUGUCGGUAUGCUACCACGACAAUUCACGAAUCCUUCGUCAACGUGUCGUGAUCUCUUUGAUCUUGUCAGCCAGAUAUAGCAACAAUCAAACCAACAAAGAGGCACAGCUUCAAAGAGACUGGCCCUCGAAAAGAAUGGAUGGAUGCCGAUCAGGCCGUUACAAAAAGCGGCAAGGAUCCAUUCUCCCAUCACAUCCGAUGCUUCAAUCCCCUGAAGGGCCUCGUAUGAUUGGCGGCAUCAGACGCCAAAACGCCGCCUUGAGACUGUGCCCCCUGUCGUCUACCCCUUGGAGGCUGCCUCAUGUCGGUCGCGGCGCCCGCAGCCUCCUCUGAUUGGAGAUGAUGAGCCUUCGAGGACCCCUUGUCACUUGCAUGUAAGCUCCAGGGGGGCGUCUUUGUGGAUGAGCUGUCCAGUCCAUACCCACCAGAAGGAGGCCCUUCUAAGGUCCUGACUGGAUUGUCACGCGCUAUCUCGUCAGAGGCUACUGCGCGACCAAGUUAGCAUCUUCAGGUGUUAUUUCGAGCCACGAUUGGCCACCACCGGAAGGUAGGAGGUUUUGACGGCUGUGGAAGCUUUUCUUUUUGGCAUUUCAAAUGAGCUGCUCCGUUUAGCUACUCGUAUUCUAAUAAAAAUCUUGCUUUUGUGUGCAUACGUAC